AUGCGGGCGCGCUGCGCGCGGGUGCUGCGGCGCGGCGCGCUGCUGCUGCCGCUAGCGCUGACGGCGCUGGCGCUACUGCUGCUGCCGCGCCCGCCGCCGCUCGCGGCACCCACGCGGCUCCCGUCGCCGCCGCCGCCCACGCGGAACGGCGCACGACUCCAGGUAACUGAAAGCGAGGUAGUGUCGGUCCGCGAGAGCAACGAGGUGCCGCAAAGAGAGUGGUUCCUGCGCGGCGGUGAGCGACGUCCCCGCCGUCACGAUCCGAAUGCUAAGGUCUUCCCAGAAGACGCACCCGGUGACGACAGGAUUUACGAGCAGCUUAUGUACACGUUGCCGGACGACGAAAACGUACCUAUAAAGAAAAUACUGCUAGCUAACGGUCUUGGAGCAUGGGGAGUGUCCGGCGGACGGAACGAGUUCAUCAGGAACAAAUGUCCUGUGGACCGCUGCAUUCUAACAGCCGACGCAAGGGAAGCGGCUACGGCUGAUGCGAUUCUAUUUAAGGACCAUCACACGCCAUUCAAUGUUAAACGCCCUCCAAAUCAGAUUUGGAUUCUAUACUACUUGGAGUGUCCGUACCACACGGCGUCCUUGCGGCCAUCUUCUUUAGACGUGUUCAACUGGACGGCGACCUACCGCCGGGACUCUGACAUCGUAGCGCCUUACGAACGCUGGCUAUAUUACGAUCCUCACGUCACGGAAAAAGAUCUCGACAGAAACUACGCAGCUAAUAAGACGAAAAAGGUCGCAUGGUUUGUAUCCAACUGCCACGCACGGAAUCGGCGACUGCAAUACGCGCGCCAGCUCGCCAAAUACAUAUCCGUGGAUAUCUACGGUGCGUGCGGCUCGCGGCAUUGUCCGCGCGCUGAUCCCAACUGCCUCGAAAUGCUGAAUAACUACAAGUUCUACCUUGCCUUCGAAAACUCCAACUGUCGAGACUACAUCACUGAGAAAUUCUUCGUCAACGGAUUACAACACAACGUACUACCGAUAGUAAUGGGCGCCCGUCCAUCGGAGUAUGCAGCGGUGGCCCCUCACAACUCUUACGUGCACGUAGAGGAGUUUGCUGGUGCCGAGGAAUUAGCGGCUUAUCUACACCGCCUGGACGAAGAUGACAACCUAUAUAACUCAUAUUUUAAAUGGAAGGGCACCGGCGAGUUUAUAAACACGUACUUCUUCUGUCGCGUGUGCGCGAUGGUGCACGCAAACGCAAGGCGGCAGCGCAGCGCGCACUACGCGGACGUGCAAGCCUGGUGGCGCGAGGCAGCCUGCACGCGAAACGAAUGGCGCGCCGCUGGACGCGACUAA